UUUCAGAGAGCAAGAUGGCAGCAAAAUCCGAUGGCGUGGGGGUCGUUACCGGUUUCGCCCAGCUGCACAACCUGGACGAGGCGGUCGGCGACGACGAUGCGCUGGACAGCGCGGCUAUACACAUCUGUCACUGCUGCAACACGUCGUCGUGCUACUGGGGCUGCAGGAGCGCGUGUCUGCAGUCGCUGCUGGGAGACAGGGAUGCUGAAGGAUGCGAGCGGCCGCAGCAUCAGCACCAGCGGGAGGAGCGCCUGUGGCUCGACUGCCUCUGGAUCGUCCUCGCGCUGCUCGUCUUCUUCUGGGACGUCGGCACGGACUUGUGGCUGGCCUUGGACUACUACUCGAAACGGGACUAUCUGUGGUUCGGGCUCACGCUGUUCUUCGCGCUGGUGCCGUCGGUGCUGGUCCAGAUCCUGAGCUUCAGGUGGUUCGUCCAGGAUUACACGGGCGGUGGUCUCGCGGCCGUGGAGGGGCUCAGCGGAAAGGCCACAGCGGAUCUGAGCUCGCGCAUCUACGGCAGGGACAGGUGCUGUGUGAUCUACAUUUGGAUCUGGCAUGCUUGUGUGCACAUCCUUCAGAUGGGACAAGUGUGGAGGUAUAUACGUACGAUGUACCUGGGCAUCCAGAGUCGACGGCAGAAGGAACACAGGCGACGCUUCUACUGGGCGAUGAUGUACGAGUAUGCUGACGUCAACAUGCUCCGGCUGCUGGAGACGUUUCUAGAGAGUGCCCCCCAACUGGUGCUACAACUCUGUAUAAUGAUCCAGAAGAACCGGGCCGAGACGCUGCAGUGUGUCUCCUCUGUUGCCUCCCUACUCUCGCUGGCCUGGGUCCUGGCUUCGUACCACAAGCUACUGCGUGACUCCAGAGAUGACAAAAAGAGCAUGAGCUACAGAGGCGCGCUGAUCCACAUCUUCUGGAGGCUUUUCACUAUAUCCUCACGGGUGCUCUCCUUUGCACUCUUCGCUUCCAUCUUCCACAUCUACUUCGGCAUCUUCGUGGUCGUGCACUGGUGUGCCAUGGCGUUCUGGAUAGUUCACGGUGGCACGGAUUUUUGCAUGUCCAAAUGGGAAGAGGUGCUCUUCAACAUGGUGGUGGGCAUCGUCUACAUCUUCUGCUGGUUCAACGUGAAGGAGGGCCGAACCAGGUAUCGCAUGGUGAUCUACUACUUCGUGGUGCUUGCCGAGAAUACGGUGCUUACUUGCCUGUGGUACGCCUACCGAGACCCAGUCACCACUGACUCCUAUGCAGUGCUGGUGCUCUGCGGGGUUUACCUAACCUUCGCCUCAGGGGUGGUUUUCAUGGGCAUCUAUUAUGGGCUCCUUCAUCCAAUGGGACCUAAAAUAAGGCUCCUAGCUAGCUCCUGUUGUGCCGAGCUUCUUUGGGGACUUCCGUUACCCCCGGAGGCUGAGCCCAUGGCGCCCACCCCUGGGCCAAGGGCGUCCCAACCUACUCCCUCCCGGGCUUCCAUGGGGGCCUUUGGUCAGCAGGAUGACGCCACAGCAGACACCUGCCUGCCCGUGUUUCAGGUGCGCUCGCCCGAGCCCACCACUCCCUUGGGGCGCUACCGGCAGGAGGGACCUCUGAUCAAGAUCGACAUGCCCAGGAAACGCUACCCAGCCUGGGACGCGCACUUCGUGGACAGGCGCUUGCGAAGGACAAUAAACAUCCUGCAGUUCAUCACGCCCGCCACUGUCGGGAUCAGAUACAGGGAUGGACCGCUGCUAUACGAGCUCCUGCAGUACGAGUCGUCCCUGUGAUCUCUGAUGUCCACAUUUAGUUUCAGAUCUGCCACGUUCCGCGAAAUGCAUGCCAUUUUGGUUUGCAUAUAAAUGCGUAUUUGUGUGUAAAAGAGUGUAAGCAUCAAGCAUUGCACAUUUUUCUUUUACAUCAAAAACCUCCAAAAGAUGUGUAUAUAUUUUGUAUGUAUAUACUGUCUCUUUUUUACAAUAUCCGUUUAAAAAUGUCUCCCCAUGAAGGGAUAUGUAUGUGUCAUGGUGUUUACAGCCAGUAGAAACCAUUACAUUGGAAAAAUGGAGAUUGGUGGACCACAUCAACACCGCCUUGAGUUCUUAACAACUUUUAUUAAUCUAUACUAGCUGAUCUGAUAUUUCAGAGCAUGUUUUCACACUUGUGUUGAUUUGAUAUGGGUUUUUUUUUUAGUUGUGGUUUAUAUUCAAAGAGCACCUGCUAUAACUUAGAUUUUCCACUUGUGAUUUGCAUUGACAAUGCAAUCAAAAGUCACUUAUUUUCAGUAAGAGUUGUCGUUUGUUGAGUAGGGAGUUCUACUAGCAAAAUACAGUAGAGUGAUUUGGCGACCUCUUGUGAAUCGCUGUUGAUCGCGUCUCUUUACACUGACCUCUGUAGGCGAGAAUCCGCCUGUCAGCCAAAAUACAAGUGGCAUUCAUUGUCUGUUUGCCUUAAAAUCUAUAUAGUAUGUUAAAGUGUCUUGACUAUUGUAUUCUUUGGUUAUUACAGAAAUACCUCAUUGACUCUGUAUAGCACAGUACAAAUCCAUUAAACCCUUUGCACAAUAAGUAUGGUUAAUAUUGCACAGAGAAUCAUGUUGGAUCUGUUUAGUGAGAAAUUUAUAUUAAUAAAUAAAUAAUAAAAGCACACAGCUCAUGCAUGGUUCUGAAGGAACAGUUCUGCAAAGAGAUUAGCACAUUGAAUUGAUUUUAUUAUUAUUGUAUUAUUAUUUUCCCUCAAUUUUUGGGAUGCUUUUGUUUUGUGGCUUUGUUCACACCACAAUCCAAAAUCCCUCAUUCAUUUAUAACUGUUUUAUUAUUACAGUGUGUAAUUUUCAAUUAUAUAAUUUAUACAUAUAUAACAUCAUUCUGCCGACCAAGUGUGAAAGUGUGUAGUUAUGAUUUAUGUUGAUUUUGAUUGGUUCACACAUGUGAGUGGAAAUCAAGUCAGAAUUAGCCCAGAUUCAGCUGCGGUGUGAACAUAACGCGUGAAGCACAUAAAACCCUCAACAAGGUGGCGUUGUAUGACUGGUCCUCUCCAUUAUUUCAACCUCUUUCCACAUUUAGACUGCAUAGUGUGUAUAUGGUUAAUACUUUCAUCUGUUUGUGUGGUCUCCUCAUCCAAAGUUCAAAGUAAUAAACUUGUGAGGUGCAGAAAUGUGGCUGCGGUUCUCUGAGGAACCCCGGCCCACAUAUUUUUCCUAUGUGUAAUGACUUAAUUGUCAGUUUUUUAACAUUUAUUUAAUUCUAAGGUGCAACAAGAUGCUAAGCUAAAGGUAUUUGAAGUUAUCUUUGCCUGAAUAUACCUGAGUGUAUUUACACAAGUAAACUUGUCAGAGUCUGACCAUAGGAGGAUUUUGCGAUCGUCUGAGAAGAGGAUGAUAAUUGCCUCAACACACAGGGCUCGCUGCCGCCCGCAGUGCGAAACAAAGCCAAAUCACAUCCUCUACUGUAAAAGUCUCUCUCUGCUAUUGGUGCACCCAGCCGCCUGUCAAGGUCAUCCUCCUUCCUGAUUGGUGCUUAUAGUGAAGCAUUUAUUUCUUGCUAUUUUAGCAUGCAGUUUGCUUAUUUGGUGCUACUCUGAUUAUUUUGCCAUGUGAAAACUGUGGGUUUAUGAAAAGUGCACUAAGUAUUUUAUAAAAAAGAAUUUAUGUAAAGAUUUAUUCCCCUAAAGAAAUAACUGUAUU